UCUUUUAUAUAUGUUAACAUAUUUUUUCCCAUUGGCUCUAACAACUACUCAGUUCUGUUAUUGUCGUGCCCCUGAUGUUAAGUGGUGAAAUGCGCUAAUAAUUUUCUGUGGUGAAAUGCACUCAUCCAAAACAGUAAAUGUCCCAAAUUUGAAAUAUCCCCCAAUUUGGCAACGCGGUGGACCUUCUCUAUAAAUAUACGUUCUCUGGUAGGACGACAGUAGCGUUGACAGUAGAAUGGAAGAUAGAAAGAGGAGGUAGAGUGGUGAUGCCACUAAUAUGUAAAAUGUAAAAUUAUUCACAGGUCUAACAAACUUGACGUUAUUUUACAAAUAAAAGCAUAAAAUUGCUCUAUUAUAGCUCUAUUAUAUCAUUUGUAAUAACAAUUGAUAAUUUAAAACAAAAAAAAAUUUACCAAUUUUUACUUAUUUUUUGCAUAAAAAAAAUUUACCAAUUUUUACUUAUUUUUGCAUAAAAAAAAUUUCACUUUGAACAAAAUAUUAAAAUUUCAUUGAAGUGAAAGGUAUUAGCAGAGAACGUAUAUUUACAGAGAAGGUCCACCGCGUUGCCAAAUUGGGGGAUAUUUCAAAUUUGGGACAUUUACUGUUUUGGAUGAGUGCAUUUCACCACAGAAAAUUAUUAGCGCAUUUCACCACUUAACAUCAGGGGCACGACAAUAACAGAACUGAGUAGUUGUUAGAGCCAAUGGGAAAAAAUAUGUUAACAUAUAUAAAAGAUAGCCAAUGUACGUUAAAGCUAAUAUAAACAUAUACAUUUAUUUAUAUGCAGGUGUUUUCUGGUUGGUGGAAAAGUUCUUGUAUUCUAUGUAUGUAUGUGUGUAUAUGUAAGUAGUAGGAUUCCUUCUAAUCCUAAUAUAUUUGGGUGGGGAAAUUGCGCCAAAAAUGAAAGAUGAAAAAGAAAUAGUCAACGGAAUUUUAGUUCUGAUAGAAUUUCGUCGAGAAAAGUUUAGCUCGGUCGCCAAUUCGUGUUCUAACUGUAUAAAGUAAUUUUUAACUAAUUUUUAUUAAAAAAUGUCUAGAGUUAGGAAGUGUCGCGUUCGCGAGUGUGAGACAGAAUCUUCCGGAAGAUUCUUCUCAUUCCCUAAAGGAGAGGAGGAGUUGCUGAAGUGGGUGGAAAAUUUACGUAUCCCACCAACGCAGGAUUUACCCACCCACAAUGCAUUUGUUUGCAUUAAGCACUUCGAACAAAGUGCUGUGGGUGUGAAGAAGUUGAAGGCACAUGCUGUGCCCACCCUAAACCUUGGAUAUGACGAACCCCCUAAGCAUUUGUGGACGGCUCCAUUGCCGAUUCGAAGAUGCUGCAUUACUAAUUGCGUUAACAAGCAGAAAACGCUGUACAAAUUUCCGAAAGAAAAAGAUGUUCGGGAAAGUUGGGCAAAGGCUUGCAACUUAGUUGUGUCACCUUCCGAUAGUCUUUUUAUUUGUCGAAGCCAUUUCGAUUCGCAGUACGUUACCAAGUUUAAACUAUUGCCUGGGGCUUUUCCCUGUUUCAGAUUAGGUUCAGCACUAGGUCGUAGCUCAUCUAGUGCUGACUCUAGUUGGGUGUGCCCGCCCGUUUCUAAUACUUAUGGUCGUCAUGAGGUAGCUGUAGGAAGUAAAGAAGAGAAGGACGACAUAACUUUGAGGGAAUUCGAAGAAUAUUCAAUUUUAGAAGAAAGGAGAUUAGGAUUAGAACCCCAAAAUAACGACGUAGGCUAUGCAUUAGAUAGUCGUGAACGAUUUGCUCGAUCGGCACGUUACUAUCAAAGUAAUGCGCUUAAAUUGAAUAAUAAGAUCAAAGAGUUAGAGGAUAUAAUUAAAGACUUGGAAAAAAGGUAUCAAGACCUUAGUAAACGUGCAAUAGUUGCGGAUGAGAAUUCCAGCCAAGAUGCUAUUACAUUCGCUAGGAUGAUCGUCACGAAGCACACUUUUUUUAGUGACAAUGAAAAGACAUUGGCACCAAAUGUUAAAUACAUGUCCAAUAAAUCCUAUAAUUUUAUGCGUGACGAUUUAGGUUUCGCUUUACCAAGCAAGAGCUCUCUUUUGCGAUGGCGCCCCAUAAAAACGAAAUUGCGUUCUAUUAUUUGA